AUGCACGAGGACUCGGACGAGGAUGAGUUUGUCUAUCCCGGCGUGGAGGAGCACACCCAGCUCGAGGAGGAGCAUCCGAGACCCGACCCGAAACCUGAGCCCCUACCUGUGGCAGCGGUACCGGUCCCGACAAAGAGCCCACCAUCCCCUGCUCAGCUGGAGGCCUUGCACGCGGCUGCCACGUCGGGGGAGCUGAAGCGCCUGCAGACCGUGUUCAGGAGUGCCCUCAGGUCGGGUGACGUGGAGUCGUUCGCGCUCGCGAAUGAUGCGCCGUCGCGUAUCGGACAAACGGCGCUGCAUGCUGCCUCGAGCAGGGGCUAUCUGGACAUUGUGAAAUGGCUUGUGGAGGACUGCGGUGCUAUGCCGGACAUCGAGGACAGGGAGGGCGAGGUACGCGUGUCCGUGUCGGCCUCCCUCAACGGCCACUUGCACAUCAUUCAGUAUCUGCUCCCGGACAAGGCAGACGUUCACGCACACGAUGCGGAUGGCUGGACCGCGCUGCACAACGUAUGCUCUAAGGGUUAUCUUGACAUUGUCAGGUGGCUAUGUGAAUCUGGGGGCGCCGCUGAAGCUGUAGACGGUGCCAGAGGUGUAGAUAAACGGAGUAAUGGUGGCUGGACCCCUCUCAUGAAUGCCGCCUCCAAGGGACACUUGCCGGUGGUGCUCUAUCUAUUGACAAAGCAGAACGCCGACCCGUUUGUCCGGAACAAUUGGGGUGAAACAGCAUAUGAUAUUGCUGCUGCUGUAUUCGAAGUUUGGAUUUGUGAGGUCUUGCAGAAGGCCGAAAUCGACAACUGGCGCAACAGGCACAUACCCUAUAACACCCUAUCAGUUCAUACCACAGUACCACUUGUGUUGUACGAGAAUCAGCGCCUUGAUGUGCGUCUGAAGACAUUGGCCGUGUCCGGUGGGCGACCGCGCUUCUCGGCAUCUGGUCUGGGCAAGCGCGGGCGUAGAGCUCCGUUCGAACUCCGUCUACCCGUGCCCGAGCAAAGUACUAGGAAGAAAGAGAUCCCGGCGUGGCGGAGCGAUGUACAAAUGCCGCUCAGAGAAGAUCCGUGGACGUUGCCUCGACCUGCUUCAUCGCGGGAAGGCACAGAAAGGAGUCACUUUUGGCUGUCGGACUGGACACUGGACGUCACGCACCCGGGCGUUGACGCGGAUGAUGGAUGGCAAUACGCGCACUCCUUUGAUGAUCCCGAAGAUGCAUGGACCGCCGAGCAGCCUCCCCAGCUCGAGCGCCUCCUCAAUGGCACCGGCGCUGUCAGCGCAGGGUUCGGAGGUAGCAGAUCUCGCAGUGGCAGCAGCAACGCCGCAGGUUCCAGCUCGAGGGCCGGCAGCAACUCCCCGGGCUCGCAGAGUUGGGUCCGCCGACGGCGCUGGGUGCGAGUCAUGCGGCGACGCCUGGACAUCCCGCCCUUCCCGUUCCUGCAGCCGGACGGGCAGUGGUAUCAUUUGGCGGCUGACGGGUCUCUUAUACCCUAUGUUGAGAACGACGACGAGACCUUCAGCGACGCGGACGGGCAAGAGCUUAGUGCAAUGCCUACCAGCGGAUUGUCGGGCCAGGAUUACGUCGCUCGCGCACGGUAUCUCGCAGGUACCCAGUACAGCGAUGCAGAUUCCUCCAGUGGAGCGCAGUCUGCUCUGGAUGCUCGGAGAGCGAUCGCCAAGCUGGAGCGUGCAACGAGCGAACUGAGGCAGGGAAUCCUGGGCGACACCGACGUGGAGCGUAAGACACAGGCGGAGGUCCUGCUGAAUGCAUAUAGUCGUGAACUCGACAGGCGAAGGCUUACUGCUGGUGCUCAGGGCCUGUUUUCGUCUGGAGACGACGAUGAGGAGUAUGAAGAUGACGACUCCGACGAAGAGUUCCACUACCCCGGCUCAGAACCCCUCGACACGCCUCGAGCCCCGUCAAUACGUUCUGCCGUCACCGACUACUUCGGGCAGUCAGGCUCUCGAGGACCUACAGAUCUCACACCUCAUCUAGCACAGGCUCCUGACUUCCGUGUGCCUACGCACGAGGCCCCUCAAAAGGUCUUAACACCCAGGUGGACACCGCCAACCCCACAUCAAGUUCAUGCUCAGUGGGAGAGAGAUGAAGCUGUUAGCGAGUGCCGAGAAUGUCGUCGCAGAUUCAAUUUCUUGAACCGAAGACACUGUCGUCGUUGUGGUCGUAUAUUUUGCGAUCGAUGCUCAGCGUGGAGAGCACUCCUCGAUCCCUCGGAUGUCGUGCAUGAUCCAGCGGACGCGGACGUGUCGCAUACACCUGCCCUCCAAAGGGUUUGCCAAGCAUGCCACGAGCAAACAACCGCGGUCGUCCCUACCGGUCUGCAUCCCGCUCGGACAACCUCCAUGGAGCGUAUCGUAAUCGACCAAGCGAGACUUUCCACUCCGAGCCCAUCUCGAGUACAGUCGAGCUCUCAGCUGAGCGAUCUUGCUGAGUGUCCCGUGUGCAAUACCAGUUUGGCGGAUCUGGGAGCCGCGUCGAAGCAAGAGGCGCACGUCAAGAAUUGUCUGGAGGGAGGAAGCGGAACGACGCCGCAAACAGCCAAGUAUCUGGUAUAUAAGCUCCCGGCGGAGAGUGCCCUGAUUGGCAUAGAAUGUGAGUGUGCGAUCUGUCUGGAAGAAUUUGUCAAAGGAUCUACUGUCGCUCGUCUAAGCUGCCUAUGCAGCUUCCACAAUGCUUGUCUAUCGUCUUGGUUACAGCGAGGUCGGAGCUGUCCUAUUCACGCUCGCUAA